UCACCGCUACAAGGUGGCCGCCAUAUUGGUAAAGGUACAGUAUUGGGGCGGAGGUAGAUCGGAACUUCCUGUUCUCGCGCGAACUAGAGGCGUGCCUGCCACGUCCGUGCAAACCGGGAAAGGAGAGGACCCCGGAGCCGCGUGAUGGCCAGCGGCCUGCGGGCCCCACACUGGGUGGCAGUGGGACUGCUGACCUGGGAAGCCUUGGUGCUGCUGGUGGCCGGACACGGGGCUCAUGAUGACUCGCAUAAGGACGUGCAAGAGGAUUUCCAUGGCCAUGAACACAGCCACAGGCACUCACAUGAGGAUUUCCACCAUGGACACAGCCAUGCCCAUGGCCAUGGCCACACUCAUGAGAGCAUCUGGCACGGGCACACCCACGGCCACGACCAUGGACAUUCACAUGAGGGCCUGCACCAUGGUCACGGCCAUGGCCACUCCCACGAGAGCCACAGCGAACAUGGACCUGACCACAAACAUAGCCAUGGAGGAUUUGGGGAGCCUGAGUCCCCAGGCAUCAAGCAUGACCUGGACACUGUCACUCUCUGGGCCUAUGCACUGGGGGCCACAGUACUGAUCUCUGCGGCUCCGUUUUUUGUCCUCUUCCUCAUCCCAGUAGAGUCCAACUCACCCCGACAUCGCUCUCUGCUCCAGAUCUUGCUCAGUUUUGCUUCUGGGGGGCUCCUGGGAGAUGCUUUCCUGCACCUUAUUCCUCAUGCCCUAGAACCUCAUUCUCAUCACACUCUGGAGCAGCCUGGACAUGGACACUCGCACAGUGGCCAGGGCCCCAUUUUGUUUGUGGGGCUGUGGGUUCUCAGUGGAAUUGUUGCCUUCCUGGUGGUGGAGAAAUUUGUGAGACAUGUGAAAGGAGGACAUGGACACAGUCAUGGACGGGGACAUGGUCAUACUCAUGGAAGUCAUGGACAUGAAAAGCAGGAGCAACCUUCAAAGGAGAAGCCCAGCUCUGAGGAAGAAGAAAAGGAAGCAGGAGGGUUGAGGAAGAGGAGAGGAGGGAGCACCAGACCCAAAGAUGGUCCAGUGAAGCCUCAGAACCCCGAAGGAGAAAAAACAGGUUCAGACCUGCGUGUGUCUGGGUACCUGAACCUGGCUGCUGACUUCGCACACAACUUCACCGACGGUCUGGCCAUUGGUGCAUCUUUCCGUGGUGGCCGAGGGCUAGGCAUCCUGACUACCAUGACUGUCCUUCUACAUGAAGUGCCCCAUGAGGUCGGGGACUUUGCCAUCUUGGUCCAGUCUGGCUGCAGCAAAAAGCAGGCGAUGCGUCUACAGCUACUGACUGCAGUAGGGGCGCUGGCGGGCACAGCUUGUGCCCUUCUCACCGAAGGAGGCACAGUGGGCAGCACAGUUGCAGGUGGUGCUGGUCCCGGCUGGGUUCUGCCAUUCACUGCUGGUGGUUUUAUCUACGUGGCAACGGUAUCCGUGUUGCCUGAGCUGUUGAGGGAAGCGUCACCUUUACAGUCACUUCUGGAGGUGCUGGGGCUGCUGGGGGGAGUUGUCAUGAUGGUGCUGAUUGCCCACCUGGAGUGAGUAGUGGGAGAGAGGGUCCCCACCCCUGCUCCAGACUGCUUACUCUAACUCCAGGGCAGGGGCCUGGGGGGCGCCAGAGGCCUUGGGCAGGAACAUCCACCUAAGUAAGGAAUUGAAACCUAGGAGAGAGGCUACUUGGGCGUUAGAGGCACUGCAGAGGGGAGAAGGAGAGGCAGGAGGGACCAGCGUUGGGCACUGCCUGACCAUAAUGUUAAGUUGGGGGGAUAAAGGAGGGCAUAAAGCAGCCUGAAAGGGACAGAGGUGAUGACAGCAUGGUGGCCCCAGCCCCACUUGCUUUCAGAGGACCAAGCUUCCACACAGGUCCACUUCCCUCUCCACUGCCCGGUCUUCAGGGAAGAUCAGAGCACUGGACAGAGGGGCUAACAAUGUGGAGUACACAUCAAUCGUGCGUCCUGAUUUGGGGGUGAUUUGGUGUGGGGGGGGGCAGGAGAGGGUUAGUUGGCCUGAUUUGUUUCUAUUUGUUGUUUUACAUCAUUGUUUAAAUUGAGGGGGAGGGGUGGUGACCGGAAAUAAAGUUCUUGGCUCUUCCGCCCCA